UCGACUGCCAGAAGAAAUUCAUAACACCAUUUGUCGUGUUACCACUCUUUGAAAAUACUCCCCUUAAUACUUCACUACCCCUAAUAUUAGAAUACUGUCUCGAUAUCCAUCUGCCACCACAAUGUCUUCCCACACUGCCGUGAACAAUUCGUAAGGGCAAGUUGAAGGUUUAAACCGGUUUUUCUUGCUACUCGCUAUAGCUAAUAGCUAUCAUUCGAGCCAGGUGACAGCCUGACAGGUCCCGUGAAGUUGUCGGACUUUUAGUUGAUUAUUUAUUAUUUACAUAGAAUCCCAAAAAAAAAAAUAUUUACCGUUGUAUUUACUUCGAAAGUAGAAACACAAAUUAUUGGAUUUUAAUACAAGUACAUAUUUCUUUAAAUAGUAAAUUGUGUCAACAGUUAUAUGUAUCUGUAACCAUAUAAACAAAUUACAAAAUGAAUGUGAUCCAAGCUGUGAAAAUGUACAUUACAAAAAUGACAGAAGAAAGUGGACCUGGAAUGAAAGUGAUUCUAAUGGAUAAAGAGACAACCAGCAUAGUUAGUAUGGUGUUCAGUCACUCAGAGAUUUUACAAAAAGAAGUAUAUCUAUUUGAAAGGAUAGAAAGCCAUACAAAAUGUGAUAAUCUAAAACACAUGAAAUGUAUUGUUUUCAUUCGACCGACAUCAGAGAAUAUUGCAUUAUUGUCAAGAGAACUAAGGUACCCGAAAUAUGGCGUCUACUUUAUAUACUUCAGCAAUGUAAUAUCAAAAGCAGAUGUGAAGACAUUAGCAGAAUGUGAUGAGCAAGAAACAGUUAGAGAAGUGCAGGAGGUGUUCGCGGACUACCUGGCAGUGGAUAGGCACUUAUUCUCUUUCAACAUUGUGGGCUGUUUACAUGGUCGUUCUUGGCAUCAACAGCAUCUACAGCGAUGUUCGCAAGGUCUAUUGGCUCUGCUGCUGUCGCUCAAGAAACGGCCGGUGGUCCGUUACCAAGCUGGCUCUGAGCCAUGCUCUCGGCUGGCUGACAGGAUCAAGGAGCUGAUGAGAAGAGAGUCAGUGCUCAUGGACAACAAUAUACCGUUCAAUGGAGAUGUACCUCCGCCGCAGCUGCUAAUCCUUGAUCGAAGGGAUGAUCCAGUGACACCCUUGCUACAUCAGUGGACUUACCAGGCAAUGGUACACGAGCUCCUGACGAUUAACAACAACCGAGUGAGCCUCGCCCAUCUGCCAGACGUCUCCAAGGAGCUCAAGGAAGUGGUGCUGGCUCCGGAGCAAGAUGAGUUCUAUGCUAAGAACCGUUAUGCGAACUUCGGCGAGAUAGGCCAGACCAUCAAAGCGCUGAUGGAGGAGUUUCAGAGGAAGGCCAAGAGCCACCAGAAGGUUGAGAGCAUCGCUGACAUGAAGAACUUUGUGGAGACUUACCCGCUUUUUAAGAAAAUGAGCGGCACGGUGAGUCGUCACGUGACCGUGGUAGGCGAGCUCUCGGCGCUGGUCUCCAGACACCGGCUCCUGGCUGUCUCCGAGCUGGAGCAGGAGAUGUCGUGCCACGCGGACCACGCUGACCACUUGCAGCGAUUAAGAGCCCUGCUGAAAGACGACAAGGUCCGCAAGGAGGACCUUGUAAAGCUGGUCGCUCUGUACGGGCUGCGGUAUGAGAAGCACGCCAGUAACGCGCUCGCCGAGCUGGUGGAGGCGCUGCGAGGAGGUGGCGAUGGUGGCCGUGGGGGCAGUGGGGGCAGUGGGGGGGGACUCCGUGCCGUGCUGGCUCUGGAGUAUGGGGGGGCGCACGUGCGACAGAGUGACCUGUUCGGGCUGAAGGACGCCGCCAAGAUCACCAAGAGGCUGUUCAAGGGUCUAAGCGGCGUUGAGAACAUAUACACCCAGCACACGCCACUUCUGAAAGACACUUUAGAGGAUUUAAUAAAGGGAAAGUUACGCGAAAACCUGUACCCCACUGUCGGGGGCGAAGAUCUAUCUAUGGGACGUCGGCCGCAAGACAUCAUAGUAUUUAUCGUCGGCGGGGCAACCUACGAGGAAGCUCUGUGCGUUCACCAACUGAACCAGACAAACACAGGGGUCAAAAUAGUUUUGGGCGGCACUACCAUUCAUAACUCGACAUCGUUUAUAGAAGAAAUCAAGUCUGCUAUGCAGGGGGUGCACAGGACGCAUACUAGACAUAUUAAAAAUGUCUAAAUUGUAUGAAGAGUACUGGUCGCGCGGAUAAAGAAUGGAACUAAGAUUUAAACACAGAUUAUACAAUGAAAAAUAAAAAUAAAAACCGUGUGGUGUCGCGGGACACCGGAUAGGAACGAAGUUCUUUAUUAUAAAAAUAUUAAUUGUACUGAUUUACUAAAAAAAAAGGGAAAUUUCCACUGAAUUCCACUGUCUUAAAUAAAAAAGUGUGUGUAUAUUUAUGUAUGCACGCAACAAGUUAUACUUCUUUAGCGUAACAAAACAAAUCCUUAAAAUUAUUUAUUCGUCGUGCUAUUCUACGUUUGUAGAAAGAAUUAUAUUUUAGAAAUCGUGAAAUAAAUUAUUGAAUAUUAACGAAUACGGCUGUAUUGGCUUGAACCCUUUGCCUGUCCUAAUAAUGGACGAAGAAACCAAAGAAAUUAAUGAAUGUCGCAAACGUCACAAAAUUUCUGUAAACUUUUAUUUUUAGAUAAAAAAGUUUAGCUUCAAUAACAUCAAAAAGGUACAGAUAACGUUAUUAUGUUUUGAUUUUAUGUCAAUGUAAUUUUGCAGUUAUGAACCUAUUUAAAUAUUCGUUUAUUGUAUUUUGGUUUAUUUGGGCCUUGUUGCCUAAGCUCUAAAUAAAUAAAAUAAACAAUCAAUGUAAUUUGUCAGAAAUGUGUCAAAUGUCAAUAAUUUAUAUGUAAAUAAUAAUCAGCAAGAUAUUGUCGCGUAGCAACGCUUCGACGUACAUGAAGAGAGUUACGUUCCGGACGUUUUUUCCCGGUAAAGGUACCCCUCCGCAUCGUCCCAUAAGGAACUCCAAGUUCCAAAAAUCGUUAUGGUGCUUGAGCUAAAUAAAUAUAAUGGUAUUUUGGAGUUGCUUGUGGACGGUUCUGCAAGAGCUUUGUGUUCCAAAUCAUCUCAUCGCUUUGCUUCGCACCCUGUAUGGCUCAAGCCAGGGAGUUGUAAGAGUCGAUAAAACAACCUCGAAAUCCUUUAAGUUUCAUCAAGUAGUGCGCCAGGGAUGCAUUUUGUCGCCCAUUCUCUUCAACACCUAUGGAGAGCACAUUAUAAGACGUACCUGCGAGAACUUGGAGGGAGGCAUCACAAUAAUUGAUGGCGUGAAAACCUCCAACUUGCGCUACGCCAAUGACACUACACUUCUUGCAGCAAAUGAGUCAGAAAUGGCUGCACAUCUUGAACGUAUGGAGAUAGGACUUCCCAUAAACAGGUCCAAGAACAAAGUCAUGGUGGUGGAUCUUCUGCUUCCGAAUGUCUGCGCAGAGUUUUAGAAUACUUCGGUCACAUCGCAAGGCAGGCAGACAGGAAUAGAUGGAGAGUGAUCAUAUGAGAGAAAGUGAUACAGAAGGGUGGUCACGACCCUCAGUACUGAGGAUUACGAUGCAGGGAGGAGGAGGAUUAUUAUGUCAAAUAACGUUAAAGUUUGUUGACAAUCUAAUUUUAAUACUUCUUACACCGAAAGUUUAUUUUCCACAAAUGUAUCCAUAUAUUUUAACACUGUAUGGUUAUAUAUUUUGGCGGUUUGUGCGUAGCGAUAUAUUUGUUGCUUUAAAUGUAGCUAUGCUUUUGACGUUUAUGGUAUCCCGAUAUAUUUGACUACUUUGGAUGACGCUAUUCUAUUUAGUCACUUUCGGUGAAUCAAUGUAUAUGCUAAUCAUGGAUGUUGCCAUGUUUUUGAAUACAAUGGGUGACGCUAUCUUUUUGACGCUGACUGUAGUAAGUAUUAGUUGUUAAAAAAAUCUUUCGAAUUGUGUAUAUGAUAUUUUAAUAAUCGUUAUUUAACUAAAUUAUGGGGUAUACAUAUUAGCAUCAGCCCGUAUAUUGGAAUAUAGGCAAAAAUAACAUUAGGUACCUAUUUAUAUAACUAGAGUGAUAUCCAAGAGAUAAGUAUUUUUGAAAUAUUCUGGGUCAGAAAUGUUUUUUAAAUUCUUACAUAAAGAGGGGGCAAACGGGCAAAAGGCUCACGGAAUGGUGAAGUAGUGAGGCAACCGCCCAUGGACAUCCGCAACAACAGGUAUGCAACAACAUGCGUUGCCUUUAAGGUGGGAGAAUGCUCUAUUCUGGAAGGUCCCUAAGUCGUAUCGGUUCGGGAAAACAGCAUCCGGUUAUUGAGCUCUUAUGAGCACGUGAUAAAUGCGGUAGAAGAUGUAGAGAAAACCCACAUCUCUACGCAACGCCAAAGUAUCAAGCUGAUCGGAAAUGGCUUGAUCGUCGUUGAUGAUUCGAUCCGAUCUUCAUUGUAUGCGGUAAAAUGGAAUAAGCUGGUACUGGGGAGCAGGUAAGGUGAGAACAGUACUUCUUGUAGCUGUACCUACAACAAAUAACAUCAAUUAAUAUCAAUGUCUAAUAUCUAACCUUAACGUAAUAUCUUCGUAGCAUUAUAGAUCGUAGAAAUAUAAAUCGUGCAUAUUAGCUGUAAUAGCGCAUGCCGAAAGAUUCGUUCUUAAAAGAACAUAUUAUUUUAUAUACCGUAAUAUUAACUCUGAUUAACAUUUACAUUAACAUUUAAUAAUGCUGUACAUCAAGUCAUAGAUAGAAUCAUGCAGAUACGAAGUCCGCAUAUAUACUCACGUGACCAGUCACAUGCUCCGCGUUACACUACCUCGCAGCAAGGCCGAGCGUACUCUACUAUAGUGCGUAGUUUUCUAUUUAUUCAAUGAGCCACAGUAGCGAGUGCUCAUUGACACCCGCCGAUCGAGUACCGACGCGAGUUUACACAAGCGCUCGCUGGCCGGCUUACUGCGAUAGCAUUAGUUUUAGAGCGAGAUAGAACACAUUGUAUUAUUCUCAAUUGUAUUGGUGUGUAAUUUCUAAACUUGUAAAUAUUUUUUAAAUUACAAUUGUAAUUGGUUAACUAGUUUUAAGGAUUUUGUAUAUAUAUCGUAUUUCUGAAUUAAAUUAUAUAUUCCUCAUAAUACUCGA